AUGGCGCCCAAGCAGUCCACUUUGGGGUAUGUUAAGCCUUCUCAGACGUCGAUUGGCAAGUUUUUCGGUGCCAAGUCGGACGGGCCAGCUCGACAGUCCAAGCUUGCUUUCUCAACAAAGCCGAAGAAAGAGGCUGAAGCUGCCGACGAUGGCUCAAGUACCAAAGAGAAUACUGAUCCAGAUACCGAUUCAAAAAAGCGAAUUCGCUCGGAUGCAAAGAACGAGUCGAAAGCACCGAUCAAAAAAGAAGAAGACGACGAAGAUGCUCCAGUCGCGAAGCGCCCCCGAAGACGCCGCCCCAAGGUCGAGGAUGAUGAUGAGGACGUGGUGCCAACCACGGAACCAAUCAAAAAGCAGGAACAGAUGGACUCACCGGUCAAGGUCGAAUCCUCUGUCGAGCCCAGCCCCGAGCCGCCCGUAAAGAAGGAGAAGCGCGCCGACAAGGAGUUCAAGGAAGCAGCCGCCUCUGAAUCCGGCUCCGACGUCGAAGGCGAUAUAGAAGGGGAGGAAAAGCCCGAAGUUGUUGCAAAGGCGCGUAAACUGGCUCAGACGAAACUCAGCUCAAAGGCCAAGGACCCAUACCCCGAUUGGAAGGCUGGCACUCCCGUCCCCUAUGCUGCCUUGUGUACAACCUUUUCCCUCGUCGAAAUGACGACCAAACGCUUGAUCAUCAUGGAGCAUUGUGCGCUUUUCUUGCGUCAAGUCAUGCGCCUGACCCCCAAUGACCUUCUUCCCACCGUCCUGCUCAUGAUCAACAAACUGGCCCCGGACUAUGCUGGUAUCGAACUCGGUAUCGGCGAGUCGCUAAUUAUGAAGGCCAUUGGCGAGUCGACUGGGAGAAGCUUGCAAGUCAUCAAGACCGAUCAGAAAGACAUUGGCGAUCUCGGCCUGGUCGCUUUGAAGAGCAGAUCCACGCAACCAACCAUGUUCAAGCCAAAACCGCUGACGGUUCGUGGCGUCCACCAGGGCCUGAUGGGUAUCGCUACUAUCUCGGGCAAUGGCGCCCAAGGCCGCAAAGUUGACGGUAUCAAGAAGCUUCUCUCUGCUUCUGAUGCCCACAACACCGGCAAGGUUGACAUAACAAAGGACAAGGGUGGCCCCAGCGAAGCCAAGUACAUUAUUCGGUUCCUGGAGGGGAAACUUCGACUAGGCCUCGCAGAAAAGACGGUCCUAGUUUCUCUUGCUCAGGCUAUUGUCUGCCACGAGGCAGACCAGCGCGGCAAGCUGCCCAGCACAUCAGAUAUGGAAAAGGGCGAGAGCAUCCUCAAGACGGUCUACAGCGAGCUUCCCAGUUACGACGUCAUUAUCCCUGCUAUGCUCUCUCACGGUAUCCUCAACCUGCACGAGCACUGCAAGUUGCAACCCGGUGUGCCGCUGAAGCCCAUGUUGGCCAAGCCCACCAAGGCCAUCACAGAAGUCCUGGAUCGCUUCGAGGGCCAGACAUUUACAUGCGAAUACAAGUACGACGGCGAGCGUGCACAAAUUCACUACGUUGCCAAGGACGCUCCCCAAGAACUCAGCCAGGCCGCGCCGGGCGCCAACAAGGAUGCCGCCAAGGGCGUCGCCAGCAUUUUCUCCCGCAACUCGGAAGACCUGUCCAAGAAGUAUCCCGACAUCCUCGCCAAGCUGCACAGCUGGGUCAAGGACGACACAAAAAGCUUCGUGCUCGACUGUGAGACGGUCGCGUGGGACACGGAAGAAAAGACGGUGCUGCCUUUUCAGCAGCUCAUGACGAGAAAGAAAAAGGACGUCAAGGUGGAAGACGUCAAGGUCAAGGUCUGCGUCUUCGCCUUUGAUCUGCUCUACCUAAACGGCCAGCCCGUUGUUGAAAAGUCGCUGCGAGAGCGGAGGGAACUCUUGCAACAGGCAUUUACGCCCGUAGAAGGCGAGUUUUCGUUUGCCACUUCGAUGGACGGCCAAGAGCUCGAUGAAAUUCAAGUGUUCCUCGACGAGAGCGUCAAGGCUUCCUGCGAGGGCCUCAUGGUGAAGAUGUUGGACGGCACGGAGAGUGGAUACGAGCCCAGCAAGAGAAGUCGGAACUGGCUCAAGAUCAAGAAGGACUACCUCGCCGGCGUCGGCGACUCGCUGGAUCUCGUCGUUCUGGGCGCCUACUACGGCCGCGGCAAGCGCACGUCCGUCUACGGCGCGUUCCUGCUCGCCUGCUACAACCCGGGCUCGGACACGUACGAGACGGUGUGCAACAUUGGCACGGGCUUCUCGGAGCAGGUGCUCGAGGAGCUGCACGCGGCCCUGUCCGCCAUCGUCAUUGACCGCCCCAAGCCCUUUUACGCCCACUCGACCGGCAACCAGCACCAGCCCGACGUCUGGUUCGAGCCCCAGUACGUCUGGGAGGUCAAGACGGCCGACCUCACCCUCAGCCCCCGCUACAAGGCCGGCUGCAAGGAGGGCGUCGACCCCGCCGGCGGCAAGGGCAUCAGCCUCCGCUUCCCCCGCUUCAUCAAGAUUCGCGACGACAAGAAGCCCGACGAGGCCACGUCCAGCCGCCAGGUCGCCGAGAUGUACCGCAAGCAGGAGAGCGUCACCAAGAACAAGGGGCCGGCUGUGGAUGAUGACUUUGAGUAUUGA